AUGAUGCUCUACCCAACCGCUCCAGAAGCUGCUACCCGCUUCCUCAAGUUUGUCAACGCUUCCCCAACGCCAUUCCAUGCUGUACAGACUGCAGCCCUUCGUCUGGAGCGCGCAGGUUUCCAAAAGAUUCGAGAGAAAGAUGAGUGGGAGAAGGACGUACAGCCAGGUGGAAAAUACUAUUAUACAAGGAACCAGUCCUCGCUGAUUGCGUUCACCCUGCCACAAAAGUGGAAGCAGGGCGCUGGACUCAGUAUCGUCGCAACCCACGUUGACAGUCCCAAUCUCAAGAUCCGUCCCAUCUCCAAACGUACCAAGGCUGGCUAUCUCCAAGUCGGCGUCGAAACCUACGGCGGUGGAAUCUGGCACUCCUGGCUUGAUCGUGACUUGUCCAUUGCUGGACGUGUUGUCGUCGCCGAAAAGAAUGGCGGUUUCACUUCCAAGCUCAUCAAAAUCGACAGACCCAUUCUUCGCAUCCCAACUCUUGCCAUCCAUCUGGAUAGAGGAGUGAAUGACAACUUCAAAUUCAACCAAGAAACAGAAUUCGUUCCCAUACUCGGGCUGGUUUCGGACCAGCUCAAUGGAGCUGCAAAGAAGGUUGAAGAUGAUAAAGGCUCCAUCUUGCCGCCUAAAUCAAGCGCGUCAAGCAUUCAAGAGAACCACCAUCCUGCCCUCCUUGCUCUUUUGGGUGAGGAGCUUUCCGUCGCGCCGGAAGAAAUCCACGACUUCGACCUCUCUCUAUACGACACCCAGCCGUCAGUUUUGGGAGGCCUCAACAACGAGUUCAUCUUCAGCCCAAGACUCGACAACCUUCUCUCCUCAUUCUGUGCUGUUGAAGCCCUCGCCGAAAGCGUGACAGCCGAUUACUUUGCAACUCUUGAAGGCAACGUCAACUGCAUCGCCCUCUUUAACCAUGAAGAAAUCGGCAGCGUCUCCACCACCGGAGCGGAAUCCAGCCUUAUUCCUUCUUUGCUUAACCGCCUGUCCCCAACACCUGCAGCCCUUGCUCAGUCAAUUGCCCGUUCAUUCCUCAUCUCCGCUGACAUGGGUCAUGCGAUCCAUCCCAACUACACUUCGAAGCACGAGGAGAAGCACAGACCCUACAUGAACGGAGGGAUCGUCAUCAAGACCAACGCUAAGCAACGUUACGCCACUGACGCCGUAUCGUCCUUCAUCGUCAAGCAACUUGCGGAAAGACGGGGUGGCAAGGUCCAAGAAUUCGAAGUUCGCAACGACAUGCCUUGCGGGUCGACAGUCGGACCAAUGCUCUCGAAACUUGGUGUUCGUACCGUCGAUGUCGGCAAUCCCAUGUUGUCCAUGCAUUCAAUUCGAGAAACAGCUGGAUCCCACGAUGUCCAAUCCGCCAUCGACCUCUUCCACGCUUUCUUCGAAGGGUUCUCCAAGCUUGACCAAGGUUUGAACGUUGACUAG